GUUGAUGGAUGUCUUGUAUCGGUUGUGUUGUGGUUCGCGUAAAAACAAUGUUCAUGUCGUUUACAACUAAUUUCUAAUCAUAUUGUUGGUGUAUUACAUGUGAUGGCAACAAUGGCCAAACGUUUAACAGAAGAAAUGGUCAUUGCCAGAACCAAAAUUUCCGAUCUGUCCAAGAUCAGGAGACUUAACUGCUGGGGUAGUGAAUUAGUUGAUGUGUCCCUUUUGAGAAAAAUGCCUUGUGUUGAAGUAGUAUCAUUGAGUAUCAACAAAAUAAACAGCCUCCAAGACUUCCAGUUUUGCAGAAGUCUAGCGGAACUGUACAUACGACAAAACGACAUACGAGAUAUAAAUGAGGUGGUCUAUUUACAAAAUCUGCCGAAUUUAAAAAGUCUGUGGUUAGGAGAAAAUCCUUGUGCCAACGUUGAUGGCUACCGAUUAACAGUGAUCAAAGCACUACCGCAACUACAAAAGUUGGAUAAUAUUGCCGUGACUGCAGAGGAGCUGCGUGAGGCGCAGAAGCGCGGUCGAACGUUAACGCAUCCUGAUGAUCCGCAGGAGAGCGAGGAGGAAUACGCACCUACCCCACAACAACCCCAACAACAGUACAACAGGUACCAGGACUACAGCGACGACUAUGGCAGUCCGGUGCAGAGGAGUCCGCCACCGAGACAAGAGACUACGGACUACGAGCUGGAGGACAGCGAGGACAUCUAUCCGCGCGAAGAGGCCUCCGAGGGCAGCAGGGAGAGUAUGGAGACGAGCCCUCCCCCCAGUCAAGUGAGUCCUCCCAGACGAACGGAAGCAAUUAGGGCCUAUAGUCCCGAACCAGAGUACGAUCGACGAAGAAGCAGUUACGAGAGCCGAGAAUCACCGAAACAAAAUCAAUACUAUGAGAAAACCACCACAACCAAUAACUCAUUCGAAGAAACGAUAUCAUGUGAUAACCAUUGCAGGGAAGUCAAGUUGGUUACCAGUCAAUCAGCUAGUUGCAUCAAGGAAUACGCGAACGGAGAUCGUUACGUGCCAAACCAACACGGCUACACUAGACAAAGUGGUGACGACCGAAGCGAUGUGCAGUCAGUUCACGGUCACGAGAAGCGAUGUCCCGCCUCAGCCUUUCGCAACAACCCCUUCAGCAACCAGCGGCGUCCAGUUACUAGGAAUUCGAAUAUACUGUCGGCUGUGCUUUGUCUGGUGAAAGAGCUCGACUAUCCGAGCCUAGAAGUGGUGGAGAUGGCUGUCAGGUGCCGCAUGGAUGAAUUGGACGAAUGACAGCGGGUACCCAAUGUUUCUGACUCAGACAACAUCGAACAGCUUUAAAUGAUUUACGGAUAAUUGAAAUAUUGUAAUGUUAUUUUGUUACUUAAGUGACUCUUUCUCACUAUGCAAAGUUAUAAUUAAUUAUGCUUUGUAUACAGACCCAUAUAUUUAAUUAAUUAAUAGCACACCGUCCAUUAUUAUAAGUUUGCCUGAUUAAUUUUUAUAAGCAAAUGUUAUGGGAAAGAGUUUUACUUUACAAUGAUAUCCCAGAUAUAAUUAAUAAAGAGGCAUUAUUUACCUUAAAACAACUGUAAUGCAACUUCAUUAUUUAUGUUUGGUUACAAUGGAUUUGUUAAUGUUAACUGUACAUUUUGUUAUUAAAAAUACUAAGUUUCAGAAAUUUAUAUAAACAAAUUACCUGAAUUGUUGUCAAUUUACGUUUAAUAUUAUCAAGUAAUGGGUCCAAUUAUUUUAUUAAAUAUCUUACAAUUAACGAAAUCUGCAUUAAUAAUUUUAACAUGUAAAUGCUCAGGUAAUUUGCUUCAAAACAAUGUAUAUAAACUAUUGCUUUAAAUUAUAUAAUUUUUGUAUAUAGACACAAAUAACACGCAUUUAAAUAAUUAGUUCAGUAAGGUUUAACGUGUUGCUAAAAAGAUUUUUUUUAAGAAAUAUUUAUACACAAUAUUAAUAUAUUUGUACUAGAAGUUGAUUAUAUCUGUAUAUAAUGUUCGCUUAUAAAUUAUAAAAUGUUCUAUACAGAUAUACACAUAUUAGAAACAUGUACCCAGCUUUAACUUCAGAUCGAAUUUGAAAGGUAAUCUUGUGUUUCCUUUAUUAACUUAGUUUGUUUCGUGCAAUAUUUUUGUUUUGUUUCACUGAAUGGUUGUGAAUUAUUUUCGUUUUCAUUUUUUUACGUAUAUUUUGUUAUGUUGCGUACUGAAAACUUCUCUGUAAACUGUAACUUGCCAAUUUUUGAUAAUAAAUUAAUUUAUUAAAACUUA